AGAAAUAAUUUGACCAUGGCCGAACCUUUGCUUAACUAUGGGGAUAAUCAAGAUGAUGGUACUAGAUCUACUGAAUCAGCCGGUUUUUUAAUGGAAGGAGUUACUGAUGUUUCAAGUUUAUCAGAUGAAAGUACAUGUAUGUCUACAAUGAAACGAGUUUUAACAAGAGAAGGAACUUUGUCAGACAUUCACUUGCUAGUGGUAGGAAGAACCGGCCAGGGGAAAUCAACUCUUAUUAAUAGUUUAAUAGAGUUAGCAGAAGAAGUAGUUGAAGAAGGAGCAGAGUCAGAUAUUUGUACCAAAUCAUGUCACUCUUACGUUUAUCCUGAGCUGUUACCAGGUGUCAGAGUGAGGAUUGUUGACUCACCUGGUUUACAGGAUAUAUAUGCUAACGAGCAGCAAUAUAUACAAGAAAUGAAGUCACAGUGUCAGGAAGUUAGUCUGGUACUCUACUGCAUAAAGAUGACCGAUCACAGGAUUUCUAAUGAUGACAAAUCAGCUCUGCGCAAAUUGAAUCGGGCAUUUGGUCCUGGCUUUUGGAAGAGAGUUCUGUUUGUUCUUACUUUUGCAAACAACCAUAAGUGCGACCAGAGGGAUAAUAGAGAUGAAGAUGGUCCAGAGCCUCCGUAUUCAGAUGAAGCUGCAUGGGAAAAUUUAAUAAGACAACGGUUUGUUAACAGAGUGAAACGACGUGGUGCUGACAUCAAUACGUUCUUAAAGCAAGAUUUGAAAAUUGAUGAUUUACUUCAGUUUGCACCAGCUGGCCAUUACAAACCAAGUUAUUCUAUGCGUAACCCAAAGCAGUUACCUGAUAGAGGAGACUGGCUUUACGACAUGAUAGAAUUGAUUCACUCACAAAUCAAGCAAAAGAAGUUUAGCAGGCUGAAUUUAAAUGAUAAGAUUCAUUUGGCAUUCAUUGUUGAUAAUCAUGGUGAAGUGAAAAUUGAAAAGGAUGGGACUAAAACUCCUAACAAUGAUGCUAAAGAUGCUCAGAAAUUCAAAGAAACCCUUGAAGAACUUGGGUUUUGUACGCUCUACUUUAAUUCGCUCAGUUCUCAAUCGAUCAGUACUCUACUGGAAAUAUUCCUUUGUGUUGAUCACUCUCAAUUGGCUACGUUUGCUUUCAUUGUUCUCUGUAAAGGCAAGAGCAGACACCUUUACGAUUGCAACGACAAAAGAAUUGAAACUGAAAGUGUUUUUGGGCUUUUUCCAGAUGACCAGUCUCCACUUGCUCAAGUACCUAAGAUCUUUUACUUUCAUUUAGUUCAUACCAAAGAGCCCAAGGAGAAACUUCAGUUUUUAUCUGUUCCUCGUAAGAACUCAGUCGCCCUCAUAACAUCAGUGGACCAGAAGAGCAGCAGUGUAGUCCUGAACACUGUUGGAACUAAGCUCAAAAAUGAGCCUAGUAUACAGCAAUGCUGCAAGGAAAUUGACGAAGAAUGUAACAGAAGGCAUGAUAAGGUUUCCUGUGUAUACAUUAGUAAUUUCACUGACAAGUUUGUCCUGCCAGCUCCAUUUGAACCUUUCCACCCAAGGGCAAAAAAAGAGCACUACAAAAAACAGCUUCAAAUGUAUCGCUCUAUGUGGUAUCCAAUACGUUGCAAGACAAUCAACGUUCUGUCAGAUAGUAAAGAUGCUGUAUUGACCACAGUACGCAAUGAAAGGAUAGGAAGGAUAGCUGCUUCAUUGGCCAGUGUAGCCGGGGGUGGGUUGGUAAUUACUGGUCUCGCUCUUAUCCCAUUCACUUUGGGUGGAUCAUUAGUUCUCUCAGUUGCUGGGAGUGCAGUUGGUGGUGGUGCUGCAUUAGGAGGGAUUGGUGCAUUUGCAGCUUCAGCAAUAUCCACGAAUAAGCAUCUGAAGUCAGCACAAGAGCACAUUAGCCUUGAUCAGCAGUUGAGUCAAAGUAUCAAUGUUGUUGCGAAGAAAUAUGAUGAUGCUGUGAUCAAGUGUAAUGAGUCUGCACUUGAGAGAGGAGAAUUGGCAGGAAACGUUGUAGCUGGUGGAGCCCAUGGUCUUGCUAAUCUGAGUAGAGUUGGUGUGGGCAUUGCCUUUGGAAUAGAGGCAGCUGCUGAGGCUGGGGCUGUUGCUUUACGUACUGGGGCACGUGCUGUGGGUGUUGUUUUAGCUGGAGCUUCAUUAGCAGUGACAGUUCCAAUUGAUCUUGGGUUCAUUAUCUACAAUAGUUACCAGAUACACCAAUCUUCAAAAGACAAGACUGGUAAAGCUGACAAAAAUAAAGCAAUACAAUGGUUUAUCAAACGAAUUGAAGACAUGCUUAAAGAUACUUGUGCCACUGUUGAGUUACAACAGCAUACAAUAAAAGGAGGAAAGACACUCACAAUUGAAAAAGCUGAUUCUGGGUAUGAGAUGAUUGUACCAGCUCCCACUGAAGAGGAGUCAGUCAUUAAUAUCCACACUAUAUUCUCUGGCCCUUUUGUUCUGCCUGAUGGCUACACUAUUGUCAGUGCUAUAUAUGAUGUUGUAUUACCAGAGAAUCUUCUUCAUCCUGUUACCUUCAAGCUGGAGCACUGCAUUGAUCUUAAUGAUAAAGUUACUGCUAGCAAAAUGUGCUUUGCAGUUGCUACCAUUGAUUUAGAAAAGAAAGUUUUCGAGUUUAAAUGCAUUGAAGUAUUUCCUGAAAGAGCAUUUCCUAUAGGAGAGACAUAUGCUUCGCUGGAGAUCAGUAAGAGCUGCCUUGUUUGUGUCUUGUAUAGGGGAUCCACAAUGGAUACAUUAAUGAAGUAUGCUGCUCAAUGUUCUUAUUCCAGAGAAUACAAGAAUUGCUGGACAAUGAGUAUACAAUUCACUAAAUGCUUAAAUGCACAUUUGAAGUAUGUACAUACACAGUCAGAGUCAGUUAGUACCAUUGAGUCUUAUCCAUUUUCAUUUAAAAAAAGAGAAGGUGAUGAGCAGUUAUUAAUGGGAUUUCGUAAGAUCAAGGAUCCAAUGGACGUGAAAGGAUGGAGGGUAUCUCCCCUUACUCCCAUACCUGAUAAGAUAUUAAAAGCUGAUGUUGAUUGUGUUGAAUUGCAACAAGAGUUUUGGAAGCUGCAGUCUAGAAUAAUUCCAUCGAUUGAGUUUUCUGUUUUUGUAUUCAAUGAAGAAGCUGCCUCUGAUGAGCUAGACAAAUAUCUAGAUAUUGAUGGUACUACUACAGAUAUUUACAUCAAGAUACAAAAAGAAUAAAAAUUUAAUGAAUAAUAAAUGUAGUUUUGCAAAUUGAUACUUUUAGUCUGCAUUUGAUUUCUCUAUACUUACUUUGACUCUUGUUUUGUAGCUUUAGUAUAAUUUUUUUAAUGUUUAAUUUAAUAUUAAGUUGUUUGCUGAAGAAAAGAAUCUUCGUUAGUGUUAUACUUGUCCCCAGCCCCAUAGCUGCAUAGUAAUGUUAUACUCAUGUCCUGCAUAGGUAUAUCAGCUGCUUCUACUUUAAACCAAAGUGAUGCACUUAAAUCUUCUAAU